GAAACCAUAAUACUAUACCUGCUUCUGUUGUAAGAGUAUUGUCAUUGCCACAGUCCAAUCGUCGGGUCGUCAAACCGGGAAAAAAUGGUCGUCAAUUUUAGCGUUUUCAAAAAAUCCUCUCCCGACGGCAAAUUGAUCUUGUACCUCUGCCAACGCGACAUCAUCGAUCACAUAUCGUUCAUCGAUCCGGUCGAUGGCAUAGUGGUGUUGGACAACUCUCUGUUGAAACAAGGCAAGGUUUUCGGACAAAUCGUGUGCAGCUUCCGGUACGGCCGCAAAGAUGACGAGAUGAUGGGCUUGUGUUUCCAAAAAGACAUGUACUUGGCCUCGGCUCAAAUUUACCCUCCACUCGAAGGAAACAAUUCAGUUAAACUCUCUAAAAUCCAGGAAUGUUUGUUGUCGAAGAUGGGCAAUAACGCGGUGCCGUUCAGCUUUCAAAUCCCCGACAACGCCCCGGCUUCGGUUAUACUCCAAGACUUGACAACCACGGACAAGGCCGACGCUUGUGGAGUUCAGUACUACGUGAAGGUGUUCUCGGGGCAGUCGGAAACCGAUCACAGCCGAGCCAGACAAUCUGUGGCCAUGCGAAUCCGGAAAAUCCAAUUUGCCCCUAUCAUGCGGUCGCCGACCAAACAUCCCUGUACGAUCGUCCGGAAAGACUUCAUGUUCAGCCCCGGACAACUGGAACUGGAAGCAGCUCUCGACAAACAAGUGUACAUGCCAGGCGAAACCGUAAUGGUCACCGUGUGCAUAAACAACAGCAGCAACAAGAUGGUGAAAAAAAUCAAAGUGAUGAUGCAACAGAUAGUGGAUAUUGUGAUUUUCCAAAACGGACAAUGCAGGACCACCAUAGCCGCGGCGGAAACCCAAGAGGGCUGUCCAAUUUUGCCGGGUUCGUCUAUACAAAAAACAUUAGCCAUGCUGCCCACCAUAGACAACGUAAGGGGCAAAUAUGGCGUCGCUCUGGAGGAUUCACUCAAGGACAAAGAAGAACCAUCGUUGGCCUCGUCGGUGUUGAUACCGAGCCCGGAUAUCAAAGACGUGUUCGGAAUCAUCGUGUCGUACACGGUCAAAGUUAAGUUGUAUUUGGGCGCUCUGGGAGGAGAUCUAACGGCUGAACUACCGUUCUUGAUCAUGCAUUCCAAGCCAAAGAAAGACUAACCAUUUGCCAGUGGAAAUGAAAAUCUUCUCACUCGACAAUCCGACACGACAUGAUAAUUACUACUUACCUUAUACACCUACUGCAUAGACAACGAUUGAGUAGUAGAUAUAACGGUCGUUAUUUAUAUACUCACAUAUGGACAAUAGUGAUAAAUAAUAUUAUUCUAAUUUGUAUCGUUGCGUUUUACUAUGUUUAUUAACAAUGUAUACCUAUUAAUAAAUAUUAAUACAUUGUUGUUGAUGGCAA